CCAUUGCCUCUGUUUCAUUGCUUGCUUUGCAAAUGGCUCCAAGCAAAGAAAUUUCUAAAGAGCUUUUUCCUUAUCUUCGAGUGUACAAGGACGGAACCAUCGAGAGAUAUGCCGGAACAGAAGUUACGGCCGCCGGCUUAGAUUCUCAAACCGGCGUUUUAUCCAAAGACGUCUCCCUAAUCACCCCACAGACCACCAUCUCAGCCAGGCUCUACCGUCCUUAUUUCAUUAACAACGAUCAAAAGCUUCCCCUUCUAGUCUACUUUCACGGCGGCGCGUUUUGCAUAGCAUCUCCUGCUGAACCCAGGUACCACCAUUGCCUGAACCAGCUAGUUUUCCAGGGUAAAAUCAUUGUUGUCUCAGUAGAUUACAGGCUAGCCCCAGAACACCCGCUCCCUGCUGCUUAUGACGAUUCGUGGGCUUCCCUUCAAUGGGUGUUUUCCCACGUAGACGGUGGCACAGGCACUGAAGAAUGGCUUGAGGAUUAUGCAGACUUUGAGCAAGUGUUUUUAGCAGGAGACAGCGCUGGCGCUAAUAUUGCACACCACUUAGCUUUACGAAUGAAGGACUCAAACAUGCAAGCUUCAAAUAAGAAGAAGCAGAAGCUUCAAGGCAUAGCUAUGAUCCAUCCUUAUUUCUGGGGAAAAGAUCCAAUUGGAGAAGAAGCAAAUCAAAGUGAAAAAAAAUCAAUGGUAGAUAAUUGGUGGAAGUUCGUUUGCCCUUCAAAUAAAGGCUGUGAUGAUCCAUACAUAAACCCAUUUGUGAAAGGAGCAGCGAGUCUUAAAGAGCUGGCGACUGAAAGUGUGCUGAUCUUCGUAGCAGAGAGAGAUAUCUUGUGCGAAAGAGGGAAGCUUUAUUAUGAAAAUCUGGUGAAAAGUGGGUGGCAAGGUAAAGCACAGAUUGUGGAGACAAAAGGAGAAGAUCAUGUUUUUCAUAUCUUUAAACCUGACUGUGAAAAUGCUUAUCUUUUGAUCAAACGCUGGGCUUCUUACAUCAAUAGGAGCAACAUAGGAUCUUUGUAAUGGCUUUGUGUUGGCUGCUGCUUAAUUUGUGUCAAUUUGUGUGGGAUGGAGUUGUGAAUUAAUCUUACCUUUACAGC